CAACUUGGAGAAGUUUGUGCUCAGAGAAAAAACUCUUCAAUUGAAAGCAAAGCAAAGGAAGGAAUUCUGGACAGAAUCCCUUAACAUUUGCUGGAUGUUCAACGAAUACAGCAGCAAUUAAUACACUUUUCCAUUUCAAUCACAAUAAUAAAGAUAUAUACAUACAUAUAUAUUUUUGUAUGGAUUCCGAAGCACCAGAGGACGUGGCGCCGCGAGUGCGUUUCCGUUUGGGCAAAGCCGAGGAUAACGCGCCCAAGGAGGACGCCUUGGAGCGGUCGGCAGAUGUGAAGGAUGCCACGGAGGAAGGGGGCACAGCUGGGCCGGCACGUUUCAAGCGCAAGCUGGGUUCCUGGAUAUUCGAGAGCGUUGGCGGCUUCUAUAUGCCCACGGAGGACAUCAGCAAGCUGCCAAUGCGACGGCAGGAGCAUCUGCUCAUACGGGAUCUGAUCUAUGCGUUCUCGGGUGUGCCCUCCUCGCACAUCCGUCCGGAGAUACCCUUCGAGGAGAUCUCGCAGCUGCGCACCGAUCAGGUCGACAGGGUGCACUUCAAGAUCGAGGAGAGCUUCAGCGGCGCCUUCCGCUCCCUGGCCAACGAGCUGCUGCCCCUGAUCGGAUACUACAUCAACGUGCAGAGCUUCAUCGAGGACACGAUCAUGACGACCGGCUGCGGCCGCACCCUGGGCAGUGGCCUGCACAAGAGCAUGCAGGAAUAUUUCGAGGUGCAGGCCGGGCUCGAGACGCAGCUCCAGGAGCGCAAGCUGGAUCUGCAGCAGCUGGUGCAACAGCUGCGUCCCUGGCUGAAAACGAUGCAGGCGCUGGCCAGCCUGACCAGCCGGGUGCGUCGCACGGAGCUGAACAGCGCCCAGCUGCUGUCGCUGAUGGACGAGCACCAGGCGCACUUCAAGUGCGAGCGCCUCAAGCUGAUCCUCACCGACGUCUCCCACUAUUACAUGAAGAUGGUGCAGCUGUGGACGCAGAAGGGCGUGCUGUACGAUGUGCGCCGCGAGUUCUUUGUCGAGGACACCAGCGCCAGCGACAUGAGCAGCACCCUGCUCUCGCCCAAGCAGUGCUGCCACGCCUACUGGGCGCAACGCUAUCGUCUGCACAUGGAACGUCUGCCCAGCUUCCUGGCGGCGCAUGCCGAGCACAUUUUCCUCGCGGGCAAGUAUCUGAACGUGCUGCGCCAGUGCAAUGUGCAAAUGAAACUGAUGCAGGCAUCGCUCACCUAUGUGCCUCAGGUGGAGGUGGAGGGGGAGGGGGAGGCGUUGGCGGGGGAGGGGGAGGCAGCACAUGUGACGCUGAUACGCAGCAGCUAUGAGCUGCCGGCGCGCAAGCUGCUCGAGCUGCUGGUCGAGGAGCAGCAGCUGCUGCAGCAUCUGAACAAUCUGCAGGAAUACUUUCUGCUGCAGCGUCUGGAGCUGGUGGAGGCCGUGCUGGCCAACUGUGCGGAGCAGCUGCAGUGCAACGUGGACAGCCUGAAGCCGGAGAAGCUGCAGCAGAUAAUGCUGCAGCUGCUGCAGCACAGCACCGAUCCGCACAAGCAUCUGCUGCGCAGCCAGCUGAUGGACUGCGAUGUGGCCACGCAGCUGGCCAGGCGCCACAAGCGUCUGACCAAGCCGGAGACGGUAGAGAAUGCCGACCAGGAGCAGUCCAGUGAGGCGGAGCCGGAAACGGAGGCAUCCAGUGAAGCGGACUCCAGCCGGUUGCCGGCACAGCUAACGCUGAAUGGCUACGAGGCGUUUACGCUGCGCUACGAGCCCAAGUGGCCCGUCAGCCUGGUCAUCCACGAGGAUGCCGUGGAGCAGCUGCAGCUGCUGCAUCGUGUGCUCUUCUAUCUGCACUAUGUGCUGCGACAAAUGGGCGCCGCCCCCAGGCACAGCUCGCGGGCCGAUGCGCUGCUGGAGCGCAUGACCGAGUGCAUCCGACAGCUGGAGCAGCACAUGACCAGGGACAUUGUGCAGCCACGCUGGCAGGCGCUGCUGGAGAAUGCGCAGAAGGCACAAUUUGUCGAUGAGCUGCUCAACCAGUUCCAGGACACGCUCGACCAGUGCCAGCUGAUGUGCCUGCUCUCCGAGCCGGCGACCUUUGUGCGCGCCCUCCACACGCUGGGCCAGCUGUGCCUCAACUUUGGUAGCUUCAUGGAGCGCCAGACGGGUGGGCCGGACUUCGAGGCUGGCGUGGCCGAGUACGAGCAGGAGUUCAACAGCCUGCUCAUCGGCAUCCUGGAUCUGCUCAUCGAGCUGGCGCGACCGAACAGCGCCAGCGGGAAUCUGGAGCGCGAAUCCUGCAAGCAAUUGCUGCAGCGCCUCGAGCAUGUUAGCAAGGAUCUGGGCGACAGUUCCGCCUCCAGCGAGAAUUCGUUUUAGCUUUACUUUCAUUUUAUUUUCUCCCUCUCUUUCUCUGUGUGUGUGUGUGUUUCAGCCAUGCCAAAUUAACCGUGGCCCCAAAAUUCCCAGUGUUUGCCCAAGCAUAAUGCGGCUGGCAGCGCCAAAUGAGGUGUUCCGACUAGCUUGCAGCAAGUUGCAACAAGUUGCAACAGGUUGCAACCAUUUACAAAAAGUUGCAACAAGUCGCAGCAGUACGCAUUAACUUCUCUAAAAUUUAUUUAGAACUUUUCCCUAGAACUAGAAAUAACUUUGGCGCAAUCGACUAAAAUUUAUGAAUUACUCGAGUUCUUUUUAGUUCAAAAAAGUAAAACGAAGAAAAAUAGUUCAGUUGUAGUUAAAUUAACAAAAGUUGAUCAAUUGAAAAAAUAAUAAAAAUAAAAUUGUAAUGUUUACCAAAUAAAAAUUUGCGAUUAGGUCAUGGCUGCAAGCCAAAACAAUCAA